GUUCCCGUGCCUCUUGUGUGUGUUCUAGUGUGGGAGUGGAGGCGAUUGUUUUACAGCGCAAGCCUGUUUGACUGUCGGGGUUGGGACAAAUGGCUGCGACGACACUAAGGUGGAGACCGGGAUGGAGCGAUGACUCCGAGUUGGGAGAGGUUGCAGGCUUACUGGGACCUAAGUCCCGCGCGAGUUCCCACCCAACUGCCGCCGCCCCAGCCCACGCACGCGCAGUCGCACCAUCUGCGGCCCCCGGGGUCCUCCUGCCCCUCCCGCCGUCUCCGGGGGCCUUUUCUCCGCUGGGCACCAGGGUGUCCGCGGCGCCGCCUGAUCCUGUUAGCGCGGUACUGUGAGUGCAGUCAGUCCUCGGCGCUGUUUUCCCUGAUUUGCUGUCGACGCCGGGAAGGAAGGACGCGUGCAGAGGACCGCAGAGGGGUGGCCGUGGCUGAGAGGAGACAGCGCCGCAGCACUGAGGGUUUGGGCUUGCAGGCGCAGCAGGAGACGCCCAGGCGGGGUCCUGUCUCGCAGCUAGCUCUGAGCGGGAGGCCUGAGCGGGAAGCAUUGGCGUCCCGGCGUCUUCUAGGAGGCUGGGGUUCGGCGCUAUGGAGGAGCUAGAUGGCGAGCCAACAGUCACUUUGAUUCCAGGCGUGAAUUCCAAGAAGAACCAAAUGUGUUUUGACUGGGGUCCAGGGGAGAUGCUGGUGUGUGAAACCUCCUUCAACAAAAAAGAAAAAUCAGAGAUGGUGCCAAGUUGCCCCUUUAUCUAUAUCAUCCGUAAGGAUGUAGAUGUUUACUCUCAAAUCUUGAGAAAACUCUUCAAUGAAUCCCAUGGAAUCUUUCUGGGCCUCCAGAGAAUUGACGAAGAGUUGACUGGAAAAUCCAGAAAAUCUCAAUUGGUUCGAGUGAGUAAAAACUACCGAUCAGUCAUAAGAGCAUGUAUGGAGGAAAUGCACCAGCUUGCAAUCGCUGCUAAAGAUCCAGCCAACGGCCGCCAGUUCAGCAGCCAGGUCUCCAUUUUGUCAGCAGUGGAGCUCAUCUGGAACCUGUGUGAGAUUCUUUUUAUUGAAGUGGCCCCAGCUGGCCCUCUCCUCCUCCAUCUCCUUGACUGGGUCCGGCUCCAUGUGUGCGAGGUGGACAGUUUGUCGGCAGAUGUUCUGGGCAGUGAGAAUCCAAGCAAACAUGACAGCUUCUGGAACUUGGUGACCAUCUUGGUGCUGCAGGGCCGGCUGGAUGAGGCCCGACAGAUGCUCUCCAAGGAAGCCGACGCCAGCCCCGCCUCUGCAGGCAUGUGCCGAACCAUGGGGGACCUGAUGAGGACAAUGCCCAUUCUCAGUCCCGGGAACACCCAGACACUGACCGAGCUGGAGCUGAAGUGGCAGCACUGGCACGAGGAAUGUGAGCGGUACCUCCAGGACAGCACAUUCGCCACCAGCCCUCACCUGGAGUCUCUCUUGAAGAUUAUGCUGGGAGACGAAGCUGCCUUGUUAGAGCAGAAGGAACUUCUGAGUAAUUGGUAUCAUUUCCUAGUGACUCGGCUCUUGUACUCCAAUCCCACAGUAAAACCCAUUGAUCUGCACUACUACGCCCAGUCCAGCCUGGACCUGUUUCUGGGAGGUGAGAGCAGCCCAGAACCCCUGGACAACAUCUUGUUGGCGGCCUUUGAGUUUGACAUCCAUCAAGUAAUCAAAGAGUGCAGCAUCGCCCUGAGCAACUGGUGGUUUGUGGCCCACCUGACAGACCUGCUGGACCACUGCAAGCUCCUCCAGUCACACAACCUCUAUUUCGGUUCCAACAUGAGAGAGUUCCUCCUGCUGGAGUACGCCUCGGGACUGUUCGCUCAUCCCAGCCUGUGGCAGCUGGGGGUGGAUUACUUUGAUUACUGUCCCGAGCUGGGCCGAGUCUCCCUGGAGCUGCACAUUGAGCGGAUACCUCUGAACACCGAGCAGAAAGCCCUCAAGGUGCUGCGGAUCUGUGAGCAGCGGCAGAUGACUGAACAAGUUCGCAGCAUUUGUAAGAUCUUAGCCAUGAAAGCUGUUCGCAACAAUCGCCUGGGUUCUGCCCUCUCUUGGAGCAUCCGUGCUAAGGAUGCCGCCUUUGCCACGCUCGUGUCAGACAGGUUCCUCAGGGAUUACUGUGAGCGAGGCUGCUUUUCUGAUUUGGAUCUCAUUGACAACCUGGGGCCAGCCAUGAUGCUCAGUGACCGACUGACAUUCCUGGGAAAGUAUCGCGAGUUCCACCGUAUGUACGGAGAGAAGCGUUUUGCCGACGCAGCUUCUCUCCUUCUGUCCUUGAUGACGUCUCGGAUUGCCCCUCGGUCUUUCUGGAUGACUCUGCUGAUAGAUGCCUUGCCCCUUUUGGAACAGAAACAGGUGAUUUUCUCAGCAGAACAGACUUACGAGUUGAUGCGGUGUCUGGAGGACUUGACGUCAAGAAGACCUGUGCGUGGAGAAUCUGAUACCGAGCAGCUCCAGGAUGAUGACAUAGAGACCACCAAGGUGGAAAUGCUGAGACUUGCUCUGGCACGAAAUCUUGCUCGGGCAAUUGUAAGAGAAGGCUCACUGGAAGGUUCCUGAGAACUGCUUCAAUGUGGUAUCUUUGUAUGGCAAUGUAUAUAGAUUUUUUAAAAGAAUAAAUGUUGUUAUGCAAAUGUA